UCUUGUAAUUAUUAUAUUUUGAUCCAUUCCCGAUCGAAAGCUUUCUCAUUCAAAGACUCGACGUCUUAUUUACAACUCCCAGACUUCACCAUGGACAUGGUUGCGUUAGCCCUGUCGGGUGACACUGCUGUUGCCGGGAAAUCCACGCAUACUUCGAUUACGGCAGACGAUGAGGAGGAGGACUCUUCCGAUUCGGAAUACGACGAAGACUUGACGAAUUCCAACAAAGACAACAAUGACGAGGACGAUAGCAGCAGCAGCGAUGGAUCCAGCAGUAGUAGUGGGAGCAGUGGCGGAUACGCGACGACGGACAGUGAAAGCUGCUGCAGUGGCUACAUGGACGCCAUUAGUCGAGAGAUGGAAGAGAUGAAUCGCAGUCGUCGAGACUCGAUAAGACAGAGUCUUCGGCGAUCAUCGUUGAGUGCUUUGGAUACUCUCAAAGGAAUGGAUGCUCCGAGUACCGGUACGACAAACAACAAACGAGAAGAUUUAAAGUGCCAAAAUUUAAUGCAGCAAGCGCAAGAUCGAUCCCAGCGAUUUCUUUUACACCGCAUGAGCAGCACCAAGGCCACGUCCUACGUGCAGGACAAACCCAGCACCAAUGCCAACAUCCCCCAGAUUCCGCCCUUUGCCGGCAACGGCGCAACUACCGUCGUCCACAAUAGUAACAAUGACACUGGUAAUGAAAGCAGCAACGAUGCCACCAUUAUCCGCCGACGAUCCACGGGAGAUUUGUUGGACGAAAGCAGUAAACAGAAUCCGCAGAGUCCACAAGAAUGCCUGCAAGAGUUGCUCCGGGGCGUCAGUAGUCCCGUGGAAUUCCUCACAACCGAGUAUUGGGACAAACAGUACUUUUGCGCCAUUACGCCCGCUCGGAUGCAACGCUAUCAUGCCAAGGUUGCCCGGGCCGUGCGAGGACAAGAUAUCGAGACGUUACGCACCAUUGUGAAAGGCAACGCGAGUCCAAACAUUUUGGAUGCCUGCAACUCCCAAGGAGAAUCGCUCGUCCAUUUGGCAUGUCGACGACGCAACACCGACUUGCUCAAAUUCUUGGUCCAUGAAGCGGGUGUGUCGGUCCGCGUCCGAGAUGAUUGGGGCAAGAGUCCCCUUCACGAACAAUGUUGGAAUGGACGUCCCAGUUUUAGCAAGGGCAAACUACUCAGUAACCAGGCAGAAGCUACUACCGGUGCGCUUCCAACAUCACCCUAUUACUACUAUCAUCCUACGAAUCCAGAGAGCAAUUCCUACUUUGAUGCCGUCAAACUCCUUAUUGAUCUGGCACCGGAAUUGCUCUUUGCACGAGACCGACGGGGCUUUGUACCCUUUCAGUACAUUCCCAAAGAUUCCUGGCCCGAAUGGAAUACCUUUCUGGCGCAGCAUCGCGUAUGGAUACGAUGCAAAGUACAGUUCAUUGGAUAUGCCCGCAGUCGCGACAAACUCAAAAAGACACUCGAGUUGGCCGAAGCGACCUUGAAGGGGAUCUCACGAAGUGCUAAUACUAGUCCUACUGGUACUGGACCUACCGCCAUGACGCAAUAGGCAUUGACAAGCAAGCUACGUACUCCGCCAUUGCCUCUUCACGGCAGAGAAACCACACAUCAUUCAGAAAUCUAGACGAGACACGAACCAAUGCCUAGCCUAAACAACAGUCACCACUACAGCUACCAAUAACUGUAGUAGACUGAUUGCUAUUAAUAACUUUCACUCAAACUAUUGUGUUUGGCGGUACUACUCUUUUAUGGUGCAUCUGAU